AUGUGUGAGACAGCAACGGCCGCACCUCUGGGAGUAGCGAAUCACUACCAUCUCAUCUCACUGCAUUCGCCCCAUCGCGGCGCGCCGGGCCUCAGAAACACCACACCGGCACCAGAGAAGCGGGCGGAGCGGAGGACUCUUCUCGAUCGCACACCACCUGCUUUCGGCUGCGCCGAGCCGCAAGGCCUACUACAGCUACAGGGCGGGAGCCCGGAGGGGGUUUCAGCAGGUGGGGAUCGCGGCGAAGGGCGGCCAGGGGCGGGCACCCGGUCCGUCGAGCGUCCUGGCGCGGUGAAUCUGGGAGCGGCGGCCGAGGGGGUGCAGGAGCACAGCAUGUCCGCACAACCGAUAUGCCUGAGGGCCAAUGAGCGAGGCCAGAAGACUUGUUUUGCAUGCGUGGGAGGCGUGAGGCGGAGGCUGCUCCACGUAGAGGCCGCGCGGGACACAGGCGCCCGUGCGCUGGGUCUACCGGUGUAUGGGGGGUCCGGAAACCCGGAGCGGCGCCGGAGGCCGGAUGGGUGGGGGUGCCGUGCUGAGGCAGCGGGCCUUGAUGAGCUGUCCGUCUCGUGGUGGGGUUGCGCGAGACGCGGAGGGGAUUAG